AUGCAUAUCCCCCAAGUCGUUGUCACCGCCCUGGCUCUUUUCAGCCCAUGGGACAAGCACAUCUGGACUGCCUCGGAUGAUACCGUCCGUGGAGGUAUCAGCCAGUCCUACUUCGAUGUCCUUGAGCCCAAGACUCACGAGAACCCUUUCUCGCACCCCAUCGCCAAGUUCUAUGGACACUUGGAUCAUGAGACUCUUGGUGGCUCUGGCUUUGCCACGCAGCGUACGAUUGACGGUCUUCCACCCACUGAUCUCUCCCCCUACGACCGUCUUCUUCUUGAAAUCCCCUACUCGGACGGAAAGAUCUACACCAUCAACAUCAGGGACUCUGACGUCGAGACCAAGGAUGGCAAGGAUCAGCCUUCGGUCAACUGGGCUUAUGACUUCCAGCUUCCUGCUACCAAGAUCACCAAAGGAGAGAUCGAACUUCACCAGGUUGUAAUCUACUUCAAGGAUCUUGUCCCUACUGUUCGAGGAACCGUUCAGAAGGAUGCUAAGCCUCUUGAUCUGCACAACAUUCUUGGUGCCAGUAUCAUGAUUCGCAGCUUCGAGACCACCCAGCAAGGCGACUUUGAGCUCAGAAUCAAGUCUGUCACUGCUUUGGGACAGGAUUGCGAGGCCCCAAAGAUUGAAGUCUCUUGCGAGAAACUGUGCGGCAAGAAAAUCGAGGUGUACUAA